AUGCCGUUGGAAAUGGUUGGGGGUGCUGUUCUGGGACUAUUGUUCGAUCAACUUCUAAGGGAAAUAGGGAUAGUGAAGAUUAUUGCGACGUUCAGACCCAAAUUGGAAGAACUUGAAGAAACCCUGGAUCUAUUAUAUCCUGUGGUCAAGGAGAUUGAAGACCUAAACAGGCGAUUAAACAGGACAGAUUAUGCAAGGGAAACCAUAAUGUUGAAGAGAUUGCUUGAAGAUGGAACGAAGCUUGUUUCCAAGUGCUCUAAAAUACCAAGAUGGGAUUUUUUCAAACAGUCGCGUCAGCGAGAGAAGCUGGUGGAGCUGGAUAACAAAAUCGUCAAGUUCAUUAUCCUCAUGCAACCUCACAUGGGAAGGGAUCAAAAGCAGACGUUGCUGAUCGCAAAAGAGACCAAACAGAUGCUCACGUCACUCAGCCAAAAUGGGCAUUCAUCAGAUCUUACUAUGGGCCUCACUGCCUCGUCCGCCCAUUCUUCCUAUAAGACUGUGUUUCAGAUCGUUCUCCAAGUCAGAUUAGCUUGGGAACUUCAUAAGAUUAAAGCGAUGAGGCGCUUGAGUAGGAGCAAUGGAAUUAGAUCAAUUCCAGGCGAAGUGUUCCGCAGGAUGCGCGAAAAAUUCACAAUGAGCACAACUCCGAGAAGAUAUGAUUUUACGUCGUGCUGCGUUCUUCAACCUUCAUGA